CAACUGCCACACAAUUGUUUUUCCCAACCGCUUUUGCCGCACAUUCACCGAAAAACCGUUAACAAGCCCCCUCACCCAAAUUUGGCCUAUGGUUCUCGCCAUUUCUACUUCUAUCUUUCUUUUGCACCCGAAAAUCCAGUGAGCUACAGGUUUUGAUGAUUGGCCACCGGGAACGACCACUGCACUCGCCACCGGGACAUCCAUCAAAACCUGUGCUCUCCUUUCAAUUCUGAUUCUUCUCGGAUUUUCCGACUCAUGAAAAAAAUUAGGUCAGACCCCAUGGCACCACAUCCCACAGUUGCAAAUCUGGGUUUGUAAAUUGACCUCUCAUUGCCCAGUUGGAUUAUUUGGGUAGGGUUGGCAACAUUUAUCAUGAUGUCUUCACAUUGCUAGACCUUGUUGUACCAUGCUGAAUGCCUUUCUUCUCAAGGAGCUUGUCAUACGCAUUGUUGCUUUCUUUGCAUUUGAAGUUUCGAAUAAGCGCUGAUGUCCAUACGCGCUACACUCGCAACUUAAUUUUCUGCUGAAGGUUUCUUCUGAAGUGCAUGUCCUGAAGCACUUGAGCCAACAAAAUGGCUACAAAGGUGAAGGGGCUCUUGAAAGGCCUGAAACACUUUUCGCAAAUGUUUGAUGAGAAAAAUGAUGACAUACAAAUUGGAUUUCCCACAGAUGUUAAGCAUGUUGGGCACAUUGGAUGGGAUGGUCCAUCUACAAAUAGUACUCCGAGCUGGAUGAAUGAGUUCAAAGGCGCUUCUCCAGAAGUCUCAUCCCCUGGGCAAUUGACUGUUAAAGAACUGUCCUCCCAAGAUAUGCAUAAAACAAGCCUUACUGCCCAAGAAUUGGUGCAGCGAAAUGACAUUCCAAGGACUAGGCGUCAUUCCACAGAUGAAUCUGAAGGUUCCCCAACCAAGAAGAGCUCUGAUGGAUCAAAGAAGCAUUCUAGGCGCCACCGCUCCAAGGAAGGACCAAUGGAUUCUCCGUCUCGCGAGUCUCGAGAAGGUAGUAGCAGUCAUUCAAGAAGAAGCCGAAAUUCUAACAAUCUUGGAUCAGAAUCCCCCUCACAAGACCCCCCUGGAAUACCAAAGCAAAGGAAGAAAAAGGGGUCAUCUGAAGGCGGGUCAGCGAGGUCAUCAAGAAGGGCAAACAGAUCAAAAGGCCAGAAUUCUUUGACUGAGAUUUCGUUGGAAGGUUCAGUGCAUGGAUCCAAGAGUGGAGAGAGUCCAGUGCACCCAGUUUUGGCAGAAGCAAAACGUUCCUCGGGCGGGAAUAAUGUGAACUAAAUGCACAAAUUGAGGUCUGAAGUUCUUAAACCCUCGAAACCGAAAGUGUGACACUUUGCUUGCUUGCUUCAUUGAUCAUAUUUUAUUUUUAAUUUGUCAUGUUGAUAGCUGUGACGUGCAAAGCUCCAAGUGAGAUUUGAGAAGUUUGGUUUCCAAUUUA